UUUGUCUUCACAUUACUUCAUACACUUCUUUCACUGUUCUUCAGAUACAUUGCAUUAGAAUGUUAACAUCUGCAUCCAUGCUGCGGCCAGCUGCCAUUCUCAGAAGCACUGCUCUUCGCAAUGCAACACUCAUAACUGAGCCUGUGUGCAUACGAUCUUCAUCACCAUUAACAUCAUUCGCUCAACAGAGUAGUGUGCGAUUCACUUCCACAGCAAUCUCCAAGUCAAAUCAAGAUACACCCCGAUCAAUCUUUCGAUCCCUUGCUAUUAGCUCGGCUUUCAGGAAUGCUGGUGCUAAGACUCCGACUUUAUCGUUCAACACUUGGGUCGCUGCAGGAACUGCAACAACCUGUAUCUUUGGCCCAUUGAUCAUGUCUCGAUCUCCUUUGGCGGGAUCAGGGUUGUUUAAUUCGUCGCGAUAUGUGGCCCAUUGUGCUGCAGUUACACCAGUUGGUGUCCGACCAAGGCCUGCUCGGGAUAUCGCAUUAGAUGAAUCGUUAAUCAACACAAAGGAACUAACAUUUGGUAUGGCUAUGGGCCUAUGUUCUGGAUACCUGUUCAAGAAAUUGGGCAAGAUGAUGAUGUUGGUUGUGGGCGUUCAGUUUGUGUGGUUACAGCUGUUGGCCAGUGCUGGAUAUGUUCAAGUCAACUGGACUAAAGUAGAGCGCAGAUUCAAGGAUCAUUUUGAUGUCGAUGGUGAUGGUAAAAUCACCAUGAAUGAUGCAAAACAUGUGUUCAGCUGGUUGUUGCGGUUGCUCACCCAUAACUUCCAAUUCAAAUCGACCUUUGUUACUGGAUAUAUCUUGGGAUUCCGUUACGGAUAGGCAAUAGAAAAAAGAAAUAUUUUUUUCCUCAUUUCCAAACAUAGUGUUUAUUUGAUUGGUCGAGAACCAAAUAUAAAACGUGACACUUGAAUUAAUUUGGUGG